CUAGCUUCUCACAUAUAAUACCUAUCUACCUACGCUUACCUACCUAUCACCCGUGGCCACUGUCGCCGCCGCCGCACCCACAAAGGGCCCUGUUUCCUCCGGGUUCCGGCCAUCCGCCCCCCGGAUCCCGCGGAGUCUUUCCAGCCAGCACGAAGGAAGCCACCAUCGUGUGUGCCUGCCAUGUUUGUCCACGCAGGCGCCAGCCUGCAUGGCCAUGAGUACUCGGCCAGGGCACCACCAGGCACGCAAUCUACGGCUGCCGCCGCCGGCCAGAGACGUCAUCCUUCGCUGCUCCGUUCGGCCUUUGGGGGCCCUGCCCAGCGCUCGUCGACGCCGCCAGCUUCCUCUGUAUAUGAUCCACCAUCCCCGUCGCCGUCACCUUCACCAUCACCUUUACCGAGGUCGCCUCUACUGCCAGCUGCCUUGCUCUCACCAAAGAGAUCUCGGCCUUUCUCUGACACGUUCGUCCAGGCGCCUGCUGCCGCUGGAUUAGUUUCGUUAUUUACCGAGCCUAAACAUGUUUGCUCACCACAGUCACAAGUCAUGACCGAGGAUGAAGCGGGACAGUCCGACACCGAUGGCUGUAUAUCCGACAGCGAUGUCAGCCGCGCUGCCGGAUCCUCUCGCCGGGCCAGGAAGCAGUCGCUGCGUACUUCGACCGCUUAUGUUCUCGCCCAGCCGGCACCCAAACUCCGGCACAAGCAGCGGAUCAUGCAUACAAAGCCCCAGCUGCUCACCCAGCUGCAGCUGCUCGCGCCGGGCGACAGGCCGAGGCCAGUCAUCGACGCAUACCCGUCAUCCGCCUUCGCAAAGACCAUCAUGGCUCCCUUGCUGAAGCGUGUGCCUCGUAUCGCUGGCAUCAAGACUGAGCUGAGCGUCCAGGACAUCAUGCUUGUAAAGAGCCAGGACUAUGCCGCGCACGCGACCGACACGGACAGCGACGCAGGCGAUGACGACAUGAAGGCUCGUGACUUGGUUGCCAUCUUGAGCCCGCUCCGGACUGACGACCGGGUAGAGAUCGUCAUGGCAGACGGCAAAGUCUGGACCGCGUGUCCGCGCAAUGCCACCAACAAUGGCUGCUCAUACGAUUUCGUUUCGGUCGAUGAGAAUGGCGCAACCAUCACGGCACGAUGGGCUCGGAGGCGCAAUGGCAGCAAGUCUGCAAUGCCUCAGUCACCCCUCCAACAGGAAUACAAGUACACUUUCAGCAUCAUCAACCCCGAAUGUCGACGUCACCCCAUCAUGGCUACCAUGAUGUCUUCGUCUCUCGAGAUAUUUGACAGCUACACUACCGUGUCGCAAUCUUCUAACCGCUAUCCGCCCACGUCACCUUCCGUUGGAUCUGCAGCAUCCUCACUUUCGAGUGGAGUCGAUGGCAAGCGCUCAAGGCAAGUCAUAGCUGUGGAGGAGUGGCAGAAGAACUUCAUUGCGGUUUCGGCUGUGUGGAUUGCUUCACGAGCAGUUUGGUCUGCCGAUACAAAAUCUGUAGACAUGAGCACAUCCACUGUGACGUACUCUACACCUUCGUCGCCGCUCGUUACAUCUCCACCAUCUCGGGUCCCAAGCAACACGUCCAAUCUCGCACUAUCUAUCAAGAAGGCCCACACCACGACUGCGUUAGGCACGCGAGACCGUUCCGCCACCAUGGCUCAGCCUGUGGACCCACCCAGAAUUAGCAUCCUCCCCAAAAGAGCAACCUCUACGGGAGCAGCGUUCAUGCAGCGACGGCGAGCCAUUCUCCGGGCGGAUAGUGGAUCAUCAGAAGAAAGCGACUUUCGUGCUGGCGACAAACGCGCUCGACGGGCUCUUAGUGGGGACUGGACUGGCAACAUCGCCACCGGACUGGGGCAGACCUCCUUGGCAGCCAUUGCGCUCGCUGAGGUAGCGGACGACCACGAGCGAGCGUCAGCGCCCAGCCCGGCAUCAGCGACUCUUUCAGAAGUGUCCACGCCCAGUGCGGUGUCGGAAGCGACAGGAACCUCAAAACCAGUGAAAGUCGAGAUGUGGCCGAAUGCGACGACAUCAACAACGCCUCCUUCUCAGACAUCCUCGAACGUUGCCAGAGAAAGCAAGGCAAACCCUGCAGCAGACACCGCCGACACCAAAGCACGCCAUGCGAAAUGGAAGUCGGUAACAACGUGGUUCACCAAGCUGCGCGCACGAUAGAAACGCAAGCGGCAGCCUCCUCUUCUUCUGUGUUGAGAACAGCAAAGAAUGGGGUGCGAACCGGAUCAACUGUUCCCGCGCAGCUUUGAAUUUGGAUAUAACGGCGCCGCCAC